UUAGAAAUUGAAUUGAAUUUGGUUUGCAAAAAAUUAAAAACGUUGAAAAAUAGGAAAUUUUUUAUACUUAGUAUAAAAAACAAAAUAUUUACAAAAAUGUAACAAUGUUUAGUGAAGAAUCCUUGGAGGCUCGCCAGAAAAAUGAAUUUGAAGCCUUACAGGCAAUUUAUGGCGAUGAUUUGAGAGAUUUACGUGGUAAGUCUGUGUGGAAUAAAUGGAGACCGUUAAAUUUGAGUCUUUCAUUAACCCCACAGCAGGGAAGUUCUGGUACACAAGAAGUUUACGUAAAGCUAGAUCUUCAUAUUAUUUGUUCAGAAAAAUAUCCUGAUAGUGUCCCAAAAGUAUUAUUGGAAAAUGGAAAAGGCCUCUCAAAUGUAGUGUUAUCUGAACUUCAAGAAAAAUUAGAACAAAAAGCUAGUGAACUGAAAGGUGAGGAAAUGAUAUUUCAAUUAUCACAACUUGUUCAAGAAUUUUUGCACUAUCACAAUAAGCCAGCGUCAAAGAGUUUCUAUGAUGAAAUGUUGCAAAGACAAAAGGAAAAAGAACAAAAGGAUUUACAAGCAAAAAAGAAUGAACAAGAUAGACAGAGACAGCACAUGAGGGAGGAAAUCCAAUCAAGGCAAGAAAUAUUAAAAUCUGAGGUAAGGUUAAGAAGGGAAAAUAGACAAAACUCAGAAAAUGAUGAAGAAUUUGAAACAUCUAGAAGGUUUUCAGUUGUUACAAGGUAUGAAAAUAAUUGAAUGUACCUUACACAUGUUUAUAAUAUGUAAAUAUUAAUUUUCAGAAAACGUGAUGAUAGUUCUACAGAAAGCAGCGACGAAUACCCAUGUCAGCACAAAGGUACCACAAUGAUUGAAUUCAAUAGAAGAGAAGUUCAGAGAGGGCAGUGUAUAAAACACUCCACUCCUUGUCAUGUAGUAUUUAGCGGCUUGGAUAAUGAAACGGGUGAAUUAGUUAUAAUUAAUGAAUGGCACAUCAAAAUUAAAACUAAAAGUGAUUCUUUGUAUAUUCAACGACAACUAAGCAGUAUUGAACAAGAAAUUAACUACUUAAUUAAACUGAAACACAUAAAUCUAGCUCACUAUUAUAGCCUUAAAUAUCAAAUAGAUGACAAUAAAGUAAUAGUUUAUUUGUUGAAAGAAUUCAUUAAUGGUUCCAAUUGUUUUUCUUUAUUUUCCAAUCAAAAUAUAAAGGUCGAUGUAGACUUUAUCAAAUAUAUCGCCAAAGGCAUUCUUAUAAGUCUCGAGUAUUUACAUAGGAAUAACGUGGUUCACAAAGACAUUAAAGACACUAAUAUAUACAUAAAUGAUACAGGUCUCGUUAAGUUAGCAAACUAUAGUAUUCAUAGGAGAUUAUCUGAUUUAAUAUCUCAUAUUCAUAGUACCUAUACUAAAAAGACUGAUAUUUUUAAUUUUGGAAAACUCCUGUUAUCUCUCUUACAAGGGAAUGCUGUUAAUGAUGAGAAUCUGGUGAUUCCAAAUUCAAUACAGUCGGAUUUGUAUGAUUUUUUAACAAGAUGCCUUGCAAAGGAUGAGUCUGAGCGCUAUACAGCAGCUCAAUUAUUGAAUCAUUCUUUUUUCCAUAAAACAACAGUACAUCUCUCUCCGAAACAUGUAGCUGAGGAAGUAGCUCUGGAAAGAAACGUGUCUCCUGAAAUGGUCCACCAUUUAUUAGCAUUAAGUCAGUUAUCUAACGGACAAUCUAGAAUUAAUAGCGAAUUUGAAUUCUUGCAACAUCUGGGCAAAGGAGCCUUUGGGGACGUUAUAAAAGUGAGGAACAAACUAGACGGUUGCUAUUAUGCAAUUAAACGGAUUCGACUAAAUCCCAAAAAUAAGACUCUUAAUAAGAAAAUCGUAAGAGAAGUUAAGUUAUUAUCAAGACUAAAUCAUGAAAAUGUUGUUCGUUAUUAUAAUUCAUGGAUAGAGACAACUACUAUUAAGGAAGAAGUGGACAAUAGUACUAGUACGUCGUCUGUUGAACAGAAUAUACCUAAAAUUAUUAGAAGAGACGAGUUCACUUUAAAUGAUGACAUUGAAGCUUUGGCUCCACCUAUAAAAAAUGUUGAGGUUUCCAUUACGUAUGACAGUAAAUCACAAGUAACUUUCAAUAGUCCAUCUGACGAGGACUCUAGUGAGGAUGAUGAUGAGGCUUGGGGUGCUGUUUAUAGCGAAGAAUCAGAUUCAGAUGGCAUUGAAUUUGAACAUGAUUCUGACACGCUCUCAAAAGACACCUCGGUAUCUGUCACUUCAUGUAGAAAUACGGAUUCUACGGAACCCUCCCAAGAAAUAGUUAAACAAAUUGAUUUCAUGUAUAUACAAAUGGAAUUUUGCGAGAAAAGCACCCUAAGAAUAGCUAUAGAUAAGAAUUUAUAUCUUGAUGAAGAUCGAGUUUGGAGACUUUUUAGAGAAAUAGUUGAAGGUUUAGCGCAUAUUCACCAACAAGGAAUGAUCCAUAGAGAUUUGAAACCUGUAAAUAUAUUCUUAGAUUCUGAUGAUCAUGUUAAAAUAGGGGAUUUUGGUUUAGCCACAACUGUGUUAAAGUCAAGGCAAAAUGAAUAUGUGUUUUCCAAAAGCCUUAUAGAAAGUGAAAGAGAAGAAACAGAUGAAAGCAAAACCGGGCAAGUAGGCACUGCUUUGUACGUAGCACCUGAAAUAAAUGGAGUAUCGAAAGUGGUGUAUAACCAGAAAGUUGAUAUUUAUAGCUUAGGCAUAAUCUUAUUUGAAAUGUGCUAUAAACCUUUAGAAACCUCAAUGGAAAGAAUAAAAAUACUAACUAAAUUAAGAAUGAAAGAGAUUACAUUUCCAGAAGAUUUUGUUGCUAGAGAAAAAAAGAAGAAACAAUUUCUUAUAAGGUGGUUAUUAGAUCAUGAUGUUUCAAAACGCCCCACUUCUCAGGAACUUUUACAAUCUGAGCAUGUCCCUCCACCGGUACUAGAGGAAUGUGAACUAAGAGAACUAGUGAGACACACACUAAGUAAUCCCCAAUUAAAAGGUUACAAAUACCUCAUCGCUUCUUGUUUUAAACAGUCAGUCACGCCAGCUCAAGAUAUAACUUAUGACAAAGAUCCUUUCACGCCUAAUACUAUGAAGCCUUUGCAGUUGUAUGAUUUCGUCAGACAAGUCUGUGUAAAGAUUUUCAAACAACAUGGUGGUCAGAACUUGUCCACUCCACUUUUAAUACCUAAGAGCAAAUUUUAUGAGGGUAUGGACUCUUGUGUUAAACUUAUGACCCACUUUGGUAGUAUUGUAUCUUUACCACAUGAUCUCAGGGUUCCAUUUGCUAGAUAUAUAGCUUGGAAUGGAAUUAGCCUAUUAAGGCGAUAUUCAAUCGAGAGGGUGUAUAGAGAAAAAAAGGUUUUUGGUUUUCAACCUAGAGAACUUUAUGAAUGUGCAUUUGACAUUGUAAGCCCAAUGCAAGGUAAUCUUGUAUCGGAUGCUGAAGUACUCUAUAUUGUAUACGAGAUAAUAAACGAGCUACCUGGUGUUAAGCACAAACGUUUCCUGAUAAAACUUAAUCAUACAUCAUUAUUAAAAGCAAUUUUACUGCAUUGCGGUAUAAAAGACAAACAUCAAGAAGUUUAUAGUAUGAUUUCGGAUGUAAAGGAGUGUAAGGUGCCAAAGUACGAAAUGCAGAAUUAUUUUAUAAAGUUAGGAUUAUCGGAUAACACAAUCAAUUUAUUAUUGAAUCUCUUUAAUUCGGAAUUUGAGAUUUCAAAGGCUGUAAAUCAAUUUCAAAUGAUUACUAAAAAGAGAUCAGGAGAGGCAAGCCGACUAGCGGCGCAGGCUCUGCAGGAUCUAAAAAUUAUUGGACAAAAUGCUGAAGCUUAUGGAGUGAAGUUCGAUAUUGUGGUGUCUCCUGGUCUAGUAUAUAACGUUCAUCAGUAUUCAGGCAUGAUCUGUCAAUUCGUAUGUGAUUUAAAGAAAAAACAUAAGCACGCAAAUAUGGAAGUAUUAGCUGCCGGUGGUAGAUACGAUUCUAUGAUAUCGUUUUACCGCAGUAUCAUGGAACAAGCUAAUAUGCUCAGCAGAGAUGUUCAGCAAUCGGCAGUUGGGGUUUCCAUUUCUCUGGACCGGUUAGUGCAGGCCUUGCAAAAGGAGCAAGUAGACUUUCUGGAUGUUGUCGUUUGUUCCAUUGGUACGAAGAAUUUGAUUAGGGAAACAACAAAGGUUUUAAGAAGUUUAUGGGCAGCAGGCAUAAGAAGUUCUUUAGUGGAAGCCGCCAAUAUAGAAGAGAUACAAGAGCAACUGAAUGAACUGAAAGUUUCCCAUACUAUAAUUUUGAAGGAUAACGACCAAGGAACAGUGAGAGUUCGAAGUUGGGACAAAGAUAGAUUUCAGGAAAAAUUGUUCACGACUACUGAAUUAGUAGAAAAUGUUCAGCGUAUAUUAAAAGCUGGGAAUGAGGGGUACCAGGAAAAUGUAAGUUCCCCUAAUAUUUUGUCAAAAUCAGAAAGCCGCACUUACUAUGGUGACCGUGGUGACCACUGCCAAGAAGCUAAUGUAAAUGUAUUGUUUGCUGACAAAAUGUCCUCCAAUUCAAGAAAAAGAUACGAAAAUCAGAUCAGAUCUCAGUUGGAUGGUUUAUUUAAAAAAUUGACGGGAUACGUCAUUGUCUUAGCCCUUACCAUAGAAUCAAAUGUGAUAAGAACUUUAGCGUCAUAUUUAGAAUUUGACUCUGAAUACCAAUUCCAAAAAUCAGUUGAGAAUGUCAUAGAAAGGCAUCAGAAACAUAAAAAAUAUAUCAAUGACAUUUGUGAUGAAAUCUACGAGCAGAAAACAAAGAGGACAAGCCCGACAAUAGUUUUAUUUAGUCUAUCAGAAACUUUUUAUAAAGUAAUUUUGUAAGCAUAAAACUAAGGAAUAAAAAUAA